UUUGUGCAGUUAGGUAAAAAAGAGGAAGUGCUUCUCUGAGCAAUAAUGUACUCGUUACACAGUAACCAUCAGUGAGAAUCUUGUUUGUGGCACCUCUGUUCACUCACUUAGCUGGACUAUACGCACCACACAUAACUUGCUAGCUAGUGUGGAUGCAGUCUGAGUUGCCAGGAGUUCCAAAGCUGCUGCUGCUGCAAGCUGAAAGCAAUGUGAAAAUGUUUCAGUUCAAUAAAAUUCUGAACUCUCCCUCCCUUCACUGUAUUUCCUCUAUUGAUCUGCAAAAUGUUUUCAGGGCUAAGUUGCCUUGUUCUUCUGACUUAUUUAUAAUGUGUUUAACAUCUUGCUGCUGUUGUGUUUUAACCUUUCCUGUGCUCAUCUUGCAUGUGAGCAGCAGCUGUGACUUUCUACCACAUGAACCGCAUCAUCCUGGUUAAGUUGAACUCCUGUUAAGUUUGGGUAUCUGUUAUGAAAGUGUUGCACUGGCUGCUAAUACAUUAAAAAUUCAGUUGAUAGAAAGUUUGCUACAUCUUAUAUAUUAGAAGAAUUACAUAAAUUUAAAUAAUGGGAGAAGCAAAGCUCUAUCCUACUUUACAAAUGGGAAACUGAGGCACAGAUGUGAUAUGCACAAGGGUGUAUCCAGCUGACAGAUGGACUGGAUUUUCUUAACUCUAAUCCAAUGUUUUACCUCUACCUCCAUCUAUUAAUAAAUGUUCCUAAUUUUCUUCCUGGAGCACUGCUUCUCUAUAUUCUGUCUCAGUGAAGUCCUAUAUCAUAGUAAGCUGCUGAUGCAGUUUUAGCUCCUUUUGAGAUGGAUUAUCAAGGAAAGACUUCUGGGAAGAAAAGGUGGGGGAAGAACUUCAUGGCCCUCCUGCUUCGUAUUAGGCUGUUCAGUUUUUGUUCCCAUUCAUAAGACAAGCUACGUGGCUGUGCAUCCUUGCUUUCUAGCUGCUGGAGAAAGACUGACAGCUUGAGAAGAAUGAAUACUUUGUUUCACCUGACAGGUCCAGUGUAAUGGUAUCAGGUGAAUUAGGUUUGCACUAAGCUCAGAAAGUAUUAGGUUCCUUGUACAUUUCCACUCAUGCAACUGUUUCAGAAGAUAAAGUUAUAACCCUCUGAGAAAAUUCACUAGUUAACUUAAAAAAACAAACAAACAAAAACCUUUCUUUCUCAUUGGGGGAUGCUGUCCUUAGAACAAUAAUGCCGGUGUUUCAUGUGCUGUUUUAGGCGCUGGCAGGAAUGUUUUACUUGUCCUAAUCUCAGUCCGAGGAGCUGGUUCAAGAUUCUUGUUAUGUAGCUUCUAGCAUAUUGCGAAAAUUAGUGCGUAUUUACUGCUUCAUAUCUUAAUUAGCGGUAUAACUGCCAGAUAUGCUGCUGCAAGCACUUUUUAAAGUGAAGUGAUUGCUGAUAUUACUGUGGCCAGCUGAUAUUUUAUUUUUUCCAAAACUCAGUGUAUCCUCCUUUUUCUAGUAUGUAAGGCUUAAUGUAAUAGGGAAGACUACAAUCAAAGUUUAGAGAAGAGGAAGGCAGAACAGGAUUUACUGUCUGGAAGGGCUUGGUUUUGUCAUACUUGAAGUGAAACGUCUUUCUUAUACGAAUACAGUAUGGCAUGUCUUUCUCAAUAUAACUCUGAAAUAUCCACAUCAGACAUGGCAAGUGAAGGUGGGGAGGAGUCCUCUGAGUGCUAUGGGGAAGGGAGUGAAGACAGUUAUUGAACCUCGACAAACAGGUAUAUGUUGAAAGUAUACUCAUUCAUGUAUGAGAAUGACCCAGGAAAAAAGCAUUAACUUUGACUUCUGAUGGCUAAUUCUUGUCAGCAGUGAGCUGCGAGGCAGGCUAGACUUUCCAUAUGGAUUCUGUGGAUUUUCUUGUGGAUUGUGUGCAUGUGGGUUUUUUGUUUGUUUAGCUUUAUAUUGAGAAGUCAAUACAGUAUGCAACUCAACAUCAAGAAAAAAUUACAGAGGCUGGAGAUCAAUUGAAAAAACAUAUUUUAUGUAUAAAUGACACUUCACUGUUGUUUAGUUUUGGUUUUACACUUAGCUAAUAAGCUUCCCAGUCCUGCAGAUUCAGUGUUAUUUGUGCUUAAUUUUGAAGAAUUUUUUAGUAACGGUUGCUUCCUAAGACGAUCUUUUCAAUCAGUAGUUCUGUUUUUUAAUACAGGGUCUGCCUGGACUGUCUGGUUUGGCAGCUAGGUAGGCUAAACUGGGAAAAUUGCUUCACUCUUUCUGGCGUUGAGUACGUUUCUUCCCCUCUCCCCAGCAACAGAAGAGUGCAUUGUGAUGAAGAAGAGGGGGAUAAGCCUCUAAACAACUCUCCUUUCAGAAGAGAUAUACCUUUACUCUGAUUUCAAAAGGUCACCUGCUCUUUAUACGGGAAAUCCCGCCUAGAUGGCUUCUAGCUAUGUCUUUUUAAAGUAACAAUUUAUUUGCCAAUUCAGUGUUACUUUGUAAUAAUCUCCAACUUUACAAUAGGGAACUGCCCAUCUAGUUGCUCUUCACUGUUUUUGCUCACCAGUUUCCAUGUGUCCUCAUUCUUCAGAUUCUUAACUGAUGCAUUUUUCUGUCACCUAGAUAGCAUCAAAACUGCGUAUUCCAGAAGAUAAGGAAAUGUGUGAGCACAAUACAAAAUGAUGAUCCUUUCUUUAAAACUGACAGCUAAAUGUAUUAGAUGAUGUCUGCAGUUCUUACUUCUUCUGGGGAAACUUGACUACUUCCUGUUGCAGUCUAGAGGCAAAGCUCAUUUAAUGCCCACUCCUGUAUAAAAUUCUCUGUUUUGUAGUAUCUCAAGAAAUGAGAUUAAGGCAAAGCUAGUUUUGAAGCUGAGGUGAAAUGUGUCCUACGAGGCCUUUCUCCUGAGCUACAACUUGGUAGUAUGGUCUGUAUCCUGGUGGUUACUUACUGACUUAAGCCUUCUGUUUUGCAGAAUAAGGGCCUGUUUGCUUAAUGGCCACCCCAUUUAAUUUUUCAUGGUAGAAAUUUCUUAUCUGGGCUAUAUUUGAAAUAAUACUUACAGUGCCGUAUUACUGCAAUGUUUAAUACUAGUUACGUUACCUGGCAAACGAGCACCAACUAAUAAAAAGAAUCUAAGCUCCACGACGCUCACAAAUCCCAUUGUGUACCUUUUAAUAAAAUCCUCAGGGCAGUAUUGGAGCAGCCUACCUAUUGAUCCACCUUCCUGACUCUUCCUAACCUAAAGCCUGGAAUAUAAAAAAUGGCUUAAAUACCACAGCAUAUUUGAAAUCAAGCUAUCCUUGCGUGGAAUACUCGUGGUCUGAGGAAAAUGCCACAGGGCUGUCUUCUCUUCUCACCAGGAGGAAGGGUUUCUCACCAUGGCCAUAACGCAGUUUCGGCUCUUUAAAAUCUGUACUUGCCUGGCAGCAGUGCUUUCUUUCAUUAAAAAGCUAAUAUGCAGGUCUGGAAGAGGGCGAAAGUUAAGUGGGGACCAAAUAACUUUGCCAACCACAGUGGAUUAUUCGUCUGUUCCCAAACAGCCAGAAGUAGAAGACUGGUCUUCAUGGGAUGAAGAUGCACCUACCAGUGUGAAGAUUGAAGGUGGGAACGGUAAUGUGACUGCUCAGCAAAAUGCUUUGGAACAAAUGGAACCUGAUUAUUUCAAAGACAUGACACCAACUAUAAGAAAAACUCAAAAAAUAGUUAUUAAAAAACGAGAGCCUUUAAAUUUUGGAAUCCCGGAGGGAAACUCAGGAUUCUCUAGCAGAUUAGCAGCUACACAAGAUAUUCCUUUUAUUCACCAGUCUCCUGAAUUGGGAGACCUGGAUACCUGGCAAGAAAAUACUAAUGCUUGGGAAGAAGAGGAAGAUGCUGCCUGGCAGGCAGAAGAAGUACUUAGGCAGCAGAAGAUAGCAGAAAGGGAAAAGAGAGCAGCAGAACAACAACGAAAGAAAAUGGAGAAAGAGGCUCAAAGGCUAAUGAAAAAAGAACAAAACAAAAUUGGCGUUAAACUUUCCUAACAGAAACCAGGCAUCAAUGGCAAUGCCAGUAAAAAAAGAGAAUUCCAGCUCUACAACAUAUGCAUUACUGGUAUUGAUUUAAGUAUUUCUAGGACUUCAAUGUACUGCUUGGUUUUAAUGCAUUCUUCAGGUCAUCUCGGAAGCCAGAAUUCUCCUAAAAUACCUUGAACUACUAGCGGACAGAUCUUUAAUGGGGCGGGUAGGGGGGGAAACCACACACAAAAUCAUGCCUCAAAUGAUCUUUUCUGCAAUAGCUCUAUUCUGGCACUGUUCUCUGCGAGAAAAGUGACCGAACGGGGAUGUUGAUUGAGAGACGUUCUUAAUGAACAGCUCAAGCUUAGGGAAAGGAGUGUAAAUAUUCAGUGGUGGGGAAUAUACUGUAUUGUCUGUGCUUACCUGAAAUAUGUAAUUAAAUGAUUUUAAAGAACCCUUUG